AAGGACCACAAAGUGCUGGCAAAAUAGAGAGAGGGGGCAAGGUACUAGCUGCAAGUAAUUAACUCUUCUAAAUAAAAAAUCGAAAUACCUUGAAUCUUACUCUGCUUAAGUUACCUAACUCUCAAGCUCAAGACCAAAAAGAAAGAAACAUGAAGUACAUUAUAGGCAUUGGCGGCAUGACCAAUGGUGGGAAAACCACUCUGACGAACAAGCUUGUCAACGCGUUUCCAGGCUGUUGCGUCGUUCACCAGGACGAUUUCUUCAAGCCACAAGAUCAGAUACCGGUCGGUGAGGACGGCUUUAAGCAAUGGGAUGUAAUGACCUCUUUAGACAUGGAAGCAAUGGUGAACACUGUUAAAGCCUGGCUGGAGAAUCCUGUGAAAUUUGCCCGUUCUCAUGGUAUCCAAGUGUCCCCAGAGUUGGAGGAACCUGACUCUGAGGAACAGACACAUAUUUUGAUAGUAGAAGGUUUUCUGCUGUAUAACUACAGACCUUUGAUCGAGCUGUUCAGUCACUGCUACUACAUUGUUGUCCCCUAUGAAGAGUGCAAAAGGAGGCGAAGCACACGAAAAUACACAGUCCCUGAUCCUCCUGGCCUCUUUGAUGGACAUGUUUGGCCAAUGUAUCUCAAAUACAGGAGGGAAAUGGAAAGCAGUCCUGUUGAAGUUGAGUACCUGGAUGGCUUGAAAACCAGAGAGCAGCUCUUUAAUCAGGUUUAUGAAGCAAUUAGGAACAUGUUGAAUAGCUGAAAGUGGCUGACCAGUGUACAGAAUUGUAAAUAGAAGUUCGUCAAGCGUGAAGAUAUACUGGCACCUAUUUGGUUACUUGAUGUAAAUAGUCAGGGAGGAAUAACUUAUUUUAAACAUUUGCAUUUGAAAAUGUUUUAUUUUUUUUAUUUGAUACAUCAAAGUAAGAAAUUGCAAGCUCAUGAUUUUAAUGUGACAUAUUUUAUUAUCUUGUGUCAUGUUUAUAUGAAUAAUUGUAAACUUUGCCUGUAACUGCUUUUAAUUGCAUUCAUAUGAUCUCUAGAUCAGUUUUAGAUUUUUUUUUAUAUUAAAUUUAAUACUUGUAUUUUA